AUGCCUUCGCAGCCUCGCACAAGAUACAGGAAUUGCAUCCACACUGGAAAGAAUGUUACAGGCCCAAUCUACCUGCCUCUCCGAUCUGACAAGUCGAAUAUCUAUCAAUGCCAUCUCUUCAGUGUGAACCUUCGGCUCAGUAGAGCAACGAGGAUCCACAAUCCAAAAAUGAAAAGUUCCAAUAUCAUCAGUCUCCCGGACUCAUCAUCGAGUGACUUGAGCAAUCGCUCAAUGAAUGAUCCUAAUGUCAGUCAAUGUAGCCUGUAUGAUGUGCUGAGGAGAGUUGCUCUUCACGUUGAGUGUCCACAAGGAAACUACCAAAAGCAGUACAUUCUACGUGGACACAAGAUAUAUGAGAUUACAACACCAUCAGUCAGCUAUCUAUCGAGCUUCGAGCAAGAGCAGUGGAAAGUUGUGGUAAGCAACUUUUCGACCCUUUCACCGUUUGAACCUAAGUACUCUCAUGACGAUGAGAUCCUACCGUUUACAAGUGCAAGGCCGACUCACUUCAGCGGAUCAAGUGAUGUCCUCCGGGCUGUCAUAUGUCUGAGAACUCAGAACUUUGAAGUUCAUUAUGGAGUCAAAGAUGAAACUGGUGACGACAUCUUUGCAGUCAAACGUCUACUCAAAGACACAAAAAAUACUCACAGGUCCAAGAGUGCCUUUGAGUUUGAGUUGGGCAUCUUGAAGAGGUUCAGUCAGGCAAGGCCUUCCCACGAUCACAUUGUAACAUUUCUUGGAAUUUUCGAGUAUUGA